AUGUUGCAACACGAUGAAAGUGACGGUAAGAGAUAUGAUGAACUGGGGAGUAUGGAUGUGAUGGGACUAGAUAUGGAUAAGCAGGACUCUGUCGAACCGGUGGCCGAACCAAGAUCUCAAGAAGAGGAGCCUUCAGAUUCAUUAGACAGGGGCAGCGAUCUAGGAAAUGCAAUGCUCUAUCCAAACAUAUCCACGCAUUUCCCUUUCAAAACUUCCGAGAGGCUGGUUGAUGACCUGGUUCAUGAUUUGGCUUUCAUCAACUCUCAAGAUCAUGAUAUAUUGUAUUCCGAUUUGCACAAUGGUAUACUAAGAGCACCUGUUCUCCUGUAUUCGAGGAGGAUUUCGCAACUGCAUUCUUAUCAACUGGGGACGUUGGUGGAUCAGGUUACAUUGCAAACGAAAUACGAGUAUGCCUCCAAAUCCUGUCCCGCACAUAAUAAGGUUAACGUAUUCAUGGGAGUGCUGGUGAAUAUUCCGCAGGAUUCGAAAAUCUCUAGCACCGCCGUUACCGAAUUACCCAUUUAUCACCUGAAAGUGAGUGUUAAAACACGCUCCCUGUUGGAAAAUACAAGAAAACGUGCUGGCAUCACGCAUUACCAUCUUCUAGAUGAAGCAGAGCUGCAUCCAUUUGAUAGACAAGACUUGUUAACAUUCGAUGUAAGCGAUCCUCAACUGGUGGACUACGCAAUUUAUGUCACUAAUGACACGAACAAACUAGUGCUCAUCGAGAUCUUCAGGCCGGAGUUUAGCGCUCAGGAAAGGGAAGAAUGUUGGUCUGAAGAUGCCAUCAAAAGAAGAUAUGCGGAGUCCUGCAGUAAAUAUGAGUCGCUUGAUCCAUCUGACAUCCCAACCCAAAUUGACUGCAUGAACACUUUCUACAAGAUCUUCAAAGGGCCUCUCAAUCGUCGGAACUCUGAUGAACCGCUGAAAACGAUAAACUCAGAUAAUGUUGUUCUAAACUCACGAAUUAAUCCGGACUGGCUAACAUCCAAGUACGGAUUUAAGCUGCAUGUCGAUAAUGAUGAGAGCACAGGUGAGAGUUAUCCAGAAUUUGAACCUCCAGAUCUGACGAACUAUGCUGAGGAUGAGCAAGUUAGGAGAUUGAGGGAGUCGUUUGUUAGGAAGUGCCUUGAACUCAUCUUUUUGGGUAAAAUGGCCAUCGAGCUUUACAAAAAAGAUACACAAACUUCAAAUUCUAAAGUGUUUCGGUCUUUUAAUAUGAUUCAAACGGCUUUCGGGAAAACUGCAUGGUACCAAGUACUUGGCGAGCAAAAAUCAGCAUUUUCUUUUGAGCCUGCAUCGCCACUGGAUUCAAACUAUCAUUUUAUCAAUCUGUUGACUUGUUUUUAUUAUGUCGAGCGCGACAUAAUAAAGAAUUAUGAGACUCAAUGCGCGCUAGACCCCGAAAAUACCGGGGUUUACUUUGACGCUCUAAGUUACGUGGCUAAUCGCAAAGGGGCAUAUCAGCUGGUUGCUUACUGUGGAAAACAAGAUGUCGUUGGUCAAGAAGCACUUGAUCAGUCUCUCAGACUCUUCGGGAUAGACCCAAAGGAGGUGGUUUUGAGCGCAAUUAAUGAUGCCUUACUGCUAUCUAUUUACAAGUCAGAGAUAGCGAGAAAUACAAAUGAGAACUACCAUGCGGAUCUCAAGAAUGCCUUACGGCUGUUAGCGAAAUGUAAGAGUUCCUCGAAACUGAAGUUCUUUGCAGAUUAUGAACCUUACUCAAACAAACUGAGGGGUUACGAGAUUCUGGAGGUCGAUGAAUCGGUUGAUGACGACAUCAUUGAAACAGCAUACUCCAUCAAAGUUAAUGAUUCUCCGGGGCUGAAAAUAGAUUGCGAUCGGUCGCUCUAUACUGUGGCAACUGAUAAAAGGAGCUUACGUCUUUUCAACUUUCUCACGCAACAAUGUCCGGAGUUUGAGGAAUACUACGGUCCUACCAAUCUCUCGUACUUCGAAGCCUUGAACCUACUACAACUCAAUGAAAAUGCUAAGGAUGAAACUAUUCUUGAGGUUUUUCAACGCAUGUGGAAUCAAGAGCCCGUUCUAGAAUCUGAUCACUUCUUAAAGCUCAGGAGUGCGCUGGCCAAGAUUGGUCUUGAAAGGAACAGCCGGUUGAUAUUGCACUUCUUAAGUAGUGGUACAAUCGACGCGAGCUGCCUUCCGGCGGACACAUGGCCAGCAGGCUUGAAUAACAUCGGAAAUACCUGUUAUCUGAACUCGCUGCUGCAGUAUUACUUCUCUAUAGCGCCGCUCCGCGACUAUGUGCUCGGCUACCAUGGAACGAUGGAAAACUACCAACAAAACUCCGUAAACCAUUUGCGCAGAAUUGGUGGACGAGAGGUCAGCGAUUCUGAGGUUGAACGGUCAGUCCAAUUUUUACACCAGCUUCGUGAAUUAUUUCAUUCUAUGAUUUAUUCGACAGAAAGGUGUGUCACUCCUAAAAAAGAACUGGCUUACUUGGCGUUUGCUCCUAGCAGUUUUGAGGUUGAAUUUGAGCUUCCGUCUAAUUCAAUGGAUAACCAAGACUCUGCAGAAAACCGUGUGGAUGAAGGAUUAAUUUAUGGACCACAUUUACCAGAACGUGCACCUGAUGGACUUAUAAGUCUGGAUUCAGGUGGCGACAAGGACCUCGACCUGUCAAUGUCGCAAAGUCUAAGAAAGGAGGACAAAGAUGCUAACGAAGACAUUUCUAUGACUGAUACGGAGAAAGAAAAUAUUAUGACCACAUCUACUCGUGUGGCUAAGAUCAGUUCAGAUCAAUUAGAAAACGCGCUAGAGAUGGGAAGACAACAGGAUGUCACAGAAUGCAUUGGCAACGUCCUAUUUCAGUUGGAAAGUGCAUCCGAUCCAAUAAGUCUUGACGAGGAUAAUGAACAGAACGAUCUGAUCAAGCAGCUCUUCUAUGGGGAUAUCAAGCAGACUAUUAUACCGCUAGCGAAUGAAACCCAAACGCGCACGAAGAUCGAAAGGUUUUCCUCUCUUUUGGUGAAUAUUGGAGAUCAUCCAAAGGACAUAUACGAUGCACUAGACCUCUAUUUCAGUGAUGAGCGUCUGACCAUGGCGGAAUACGGUGAAGUCAAGAGAACAGUGGCCGCCACUAAAUUCCCAAGAAUCUUACAGAUACACAUUCAGCGAGUAUAUUAUGACCGAGAAAGGUUCAUGCCAUUUAAAUCCAUCGAGCCAUUACCUUUCAAUGAAGUGCUUUAUAUGGACAGGUAUAGCGAUUCAAAAGAUCCCAACUUGCUGAAGAUAAAGAAGGAAACUGAAGCUAUGAAAAGUAAGCUUGCCACACUCAAAAGAAGACAAAGAGAGCUGCUCAGCGUCAAUGACCUCGGACUUUCGAGAAAAGCUGCUUUCAUUGAGACCAUUAAUUACUUGAAAUCUGAUGCUUUGCAAACGCCAGAGGCCUCCUGUUCGGACGAGAAAAAAUCAGCCAUCAUUCGACAACUCACCCAAGCUACCACAGAUAUUGACAACGAGCUGACCUCGCUGUAUCAUCAAAUCUCGGACCUGGAGAAUAAAAUAAGCAAGCAAUUUGACGAAUUCCAAACGAUAGGCUACUCGCUUUUUGCCGUAUUCAUUCACAGAGGGGAAGCAAGCUAUGGCCACUACUGGGUAUACAUCAAGGAUAGAUUCAAGAACGGCAUUUGGAGAAAAUACAACGACGAGACCAUCACUGAAGUUCCCGAGAGCGAAGUGCUCAACUUCACCGAGGGCAACACUGCAACGCCAUACUUCCUCGUGUACAUCCAGAAAGGUCAUGAGCAGGAUAUAGAGCCGCUAAAGAGAAUAGUCGACCGUACAUAA